AUGAGGUCAUACACUCUGAUCACCGGCCUCAGCCUUACACUUCCCUCCUUUGCUCUAGUAGCCUACCAGCCUUGUCUUACUACCACUGCUUUGCCCAUAGUCACCGUCAAAGGUGGCCCAGAUGGUUACUACAAUGAAUACACACGGACAUAUCGAGAGUUUUGUCCACAAGGCCUGACCAAGAAGAUUUAUACCGUUACACAGACCUGCUCGGAUAUCGACUGCCAGACACCACCGAUUGAGACUGCUCCUCCGCCUGGCUUCACUGCCGCGGUAGUCAAAUGCAGUGCUUGUGGUGGCCAAGGCACUCAAGUCGCCACCUUGACGUUUCCUACAGAAUCUGUGGAGGCAUAUUCAUCUUCAGGAUAUCUCGUCGAACCUCUCGAUCCGGUACAGGCUACAAAGGGCUGGAUGGAUCAGGUCGACGCAACCCCUGCCAUUGAGACGGCAAAUGUCAAUGGUGAUGCUGGCACGAACGCCGAAAAUGUCUCCCCUACUCCGGGUUCAUCAGAUCAUACCGGUUCUGAACCUCAAGAGCCUCAAAACCCCCAAGCACCAAGCAAUGGAGGCAGUCAACAGGAUCAGAAUGGUAACGGGAGCCUUGGCGAUACAAGCUCCCAUCAUGCUACAGCUGAGAAUACAGGAUCCACAAGUGGUGGCGACUCCUCUGAUGGUCAAAAUCCCGGAAGCCUGGAUGGCACCGACAACGCAACGGGGUCACAGUCGGGCGAGGCGGGCAACAAUCCUGGAUCUGGGUCUGGUGCCGGUGACACAACAGCGGGAUCUAUCCCCCAAAAUGAGUCUUCGUCUUCGUCUUCGUCGUCAUCCUCCUCUUCCUCAUAUGAUGCCACAGGGUCACAAGAGGAAGGUUCGAAUAAUCCUGGCCACUCCAAUGAUCCCAUAGGCGACACACCAGCAGAUACUCCUGCCUCUGGUGUUGCAUCUGUUGAUGGAGAACCCAUUGCCGACACCAACAACAAACCAGAUGAUUCAGCCAAUAUAACAUCUCCUGAUGGUGUCAAUGGCGCCACUGGAGACACAUCUGUAUCACCGGAUAAAACCCCAGGGCUACCUUCAUCUCCAAACAACGGCCCUCCCAUUGUUGACUCAGACUCCAAGCACACUGGAGGUGACGAUGAUUCACAAGGGCCAGAUGCUCCUUUUACCGUCAGUGGCGCAGUAUCUUUCAAGCUCAAUAUUUCGGCAUGCAUAAUAGCCAAUGCCGCAUGUGUAUUUAUUGUCUGGUUGUUAUAA